UCAGUCUCGGGCGGAACGUCGAGCGCGAUUUUGUCGACGAGUCGUGGCUGCUGGGAGGGUCGGAUGUGGUCAAUUUUAUUUUUCAUAUUUUUUAAAAAAUUUUACACGUCUCGCUGACUCGUGAUAAUAAAACGUGCAGCUGAUAUUAUUUCGCGGUAUCGCGAUACCUUCGAUAAUUAAUUUUUUCCGAGUAACUUCGCAGCGGGCUAAAUCCGAUAUCGAUAGAGCUUCGGGAGUUUCCUGUAUAAUUGAAUCGUUAAUAGUAGCAGUGCAAUUUUUUUGUUAAUUAUGGAGAUUCAGAAGAUGCAAAAGUGGGACGUUAUCGACGAGUAUUUCAAGGACUUUUUGUACAUGUUCAAUAGCAUUGACGCGAAUGGAGAUGGCUUCAUCGACCUGACCGAGCUCAGGAACGCCCUUGACGUAUGCGGCUUCAAGAUGCCUGGCUACAAAGUCCGUCAGAUGAUCGAGGAGUACGAUGACAAACAGCAUCUGCAGCACAAAGGUCGUCUGUCCUUUGAAGAAUUUGAAAAGCUCUGCAAGGAACUCAAGGCCAAUGAACUGGGCUCGACCUUUAAGCAGGUCGUCUCCAAGAAGGAGAACUUGGAAACACUAGGUGGUAUUUCCGAAGCCUCCAGCGAGGGCACCACUCACUCGGUUAGGCUGGAGGAACAGCUUGCGUUCAGUGAUUGGAUCAAUACCAAUCUGGGCCACGAUCCUGACCUUAAGCAUCUAUUACCAAUUGACCCUGAAGGCAAGACUCUCUAUGAUAAGGUCAAGGAUGGCAUACUGCUCUGUAAAAUCAUCAAUCACUCCUGCCCCGAUACCAUUGACGAGAGGACGAUUAACAAGAAGAACCUAACCCUCUAUAAGAAACAUGAAAAUCUUACUUUGGCACUGUCGUCGGCUCAGGCUAUUGGCUGUAAUAUCGUGAACAUCGACGCUCACGACCUGACCAAGGGAUCACCUCAUCUUGUGCUAGGAUUGCUCUGGCAGAUAAUUCGUAUAGGAUUGUUCAACCAGAUCACCCUGGAGAAUUGCCCGGGAUUGGCAACUCUCUUGCAGGAUGGUGAGAGAAUUGAGGAUCUCCUGAAGUUGUCACCAGAGGCCAUUCUCCUGCGCUGGGUGAAUCAUCAUCUGGAAAGAGCCGGAAUCGCACGAAGGUGCAACAAUUUCCAGUCGGAUAUUACCGACUCCGAGAUUUACACUUAUCUGAUAAAGCAGAUAGCGCCACAGGCGGCCGGUGUUACCCUCGAGGCCUUGAUGGAGCCAAAUCACAUGACCAGGGCGGAGAUUAUGUUGCAGCAAGCUGGAAAACUUGGUUGCAGGAGUUUUGUUACCUCGAGCGAUGUCGUCAAUGGAAUUUACAAGCUCAAUUUGGCUUUCGUAGCCAACAUGUUCAACAACUAUCCCGGACUAGAUAAUCCUGAGAGUAAUAUAGAAGGUCUUGAAUCCUUGGAGGAAACUCGCGAAGAGAAGACCUACCGUAACUGGAUGAAUUCCAUGGGAGUGACGCCCUACGUCAAUUGGCUGUACUCUGACCUAGCCGACGGCCUAGUGAUCUUCCAAUUGUAUGACAUCAUAAAAUCAGGCACCGUAAACUGGAACAAAGUCCACAAGAAAUUCACCAAGCUCAGAAAGUUCAUGGAGAAGCUUGAGAAUUGCAAUUAUGCUGUGGAAUUGGGAAAGCAGAUGAAUUUCUCUCUAGUUGGAAUUGCCGGUCAGGACCUAAACGACGGCAACGCCACCCUGACCCUCGCCCUCAUCUGGCAACUCAUGAGAUCCUAUACCCUGUCGAUAUUGACUUCCCUGACUGGUACUCAGGGCAGCACCUUUGUCGAGAAAGAGAUUGUUCAGUGGGUAAACUCAAAGCUGCAGGGUGCAGGCAAGACAAGCAGUAUUAAAGGAUUCCAAGAUUAUAGUAUAUCAGACGGAAAGGUUGUCAUUGACCUGAUCGACGCUAUUAAACCAGGUUCAGUGAACUAUGACCUGGUUAAGGAAGGUGGAACCGAAUCGGAAAACUUGGACAACGCAAAGUAUGCGAUAUCUUUGGCGCGCAAGUGUGGCGCACGCGUGUAUGCACUUCCGGAAGACAUUACCGAGGUCAAACCCAAAAUGGUUAUGACAGUGUUUGCAUGUUUAAUGGCGAUGGAUUACGUGCCGAAUAUGGACUCGGUUACGCAGAACAACGUGAACAAUAGUCAAUAAUAGUGAGCCUUGUUCUGCGUGUUUUGCUUUCCCUCCAGCAUCCGUUCAUGCACAUUUUCUUUUGUACACUAUAAAACGAGAAGAGGAAGAUAAAGAGAAGGAGGAGCUCUCUUCUCCGGUAAACGUAAUAAUUGUAUAUACCUAGUUUUUAGGACGCUCCAUUUUACUGCUUACUUUAUUGUCUUCUCUUUAUCGCCUAACAUAGACAACUUCUGCGAAGAGAAGGUGUAAGUUUCUGAUGCGUUUUUUUUUUUCUAAGGGAGAAUGAAAAAAACAAAAUCAUUGUCCCUAUUCGCGUCUCCGGGUUCUAACCAGAAUUAAUUUUUCUUUUUUUGUUUCCUCCAAUGACUACUUCAUUCCGUUAUUAAAAUUAGUCUAGGACCGUUUUUCAAUAAUCCAAGAGAUCAGCGCGUACAUAUACAAGUAUUUAUAUAUAUAUUGAUAUAUAUAUAAAUAAUUCCCAUUUUUCCAAGUAAAAUUUGUAUAAACUAUUUUAUACCGAUCAGAUCGUACACUGACAGUGCUGAUGACAGUAAGUUGUCCAUGGACAAAAAAAUUAUGUAAAAGUUUGCCAUUUUGAAAAUGAAAUUUUCAAGAAAAAGAUUAAAUACACGAAGCAAAGCAAACUCUAUACAAGAGUCUCGGACCUUGAUACGAUCGUGCGCCUAUACAUAUUAUACAUACAAUCAAUUUAUAUACAUAUACGGGACGUAUGUACUUGAUAUUGUGGAUGUGAAUGAUUGCCAAUCCAAUGAUGGAUUGUUAUCUUUGAUGCGUGAUUAUGUGUAACGAAUUGUUCGAAUUAAUCGCUCCUAUAAUUUCUCCCUGUCAAUUUUAAGUGCGCGCAGUCAUCCGUAUCACGAUUCAAGAGAAAGAAAUGCAAGUGAAAUGCAAGUAACGUUUAAUGUUUAAUAGAUAGAACAAGCAGAAGGAAAGAGACAUUGCGUAAAGCAUUUAUAUUUACAUUCCUGGCUGUUAGCCUCUUUUUUAUACAAAUCCCUCUUUUUAUACGAUCAUGAGAAUGUUAAUUGGACAAUAAAAAGAUCCUGUCUCCACCGCGUGAUUCUCUUUCCUCCGUAGUAAACUACUUUAAAUUCUUUCUCUUUUAUUAAUAACGGAUUGCCUUCUUGAUAAUGAAUUUAACUGCCGUGUGCUCACUGGUCAUUGUAAGAAAAAAAAAAAAAAAAGAAUGACUGAACAGCAGCAAAAAUCUAUUAUCUAUUAUAAUAGGCGGCAGAUAGGCAAAGGCUAUAAUGAGGUCCAGCAUCCUUCGCUCCAUCGAUCAGCAUCAUGAGCUUGUUCCGGUCCAACGACUGAAAUCAAAUUCAAUUACAAGAAGGACAAGAAGGAAAUUGACUCGAAGUCAUCUGCAUUGACUUCGCUGGAUUAAAGACGGAGAGUGAGAUCUUUAAAAGAGAAAACGAAGGAAACGAUUAUAAAAGGGCCAUUUGCAAUAUGAAUUGUGUCGUAUGAGAAUAUUGCGACAAGAUUCGUAAUCAUCUAGGAACUGUUUAAUAAUUAUUAUUAUCGGAUAACGAUAUAGGCAUUUAUACAUAUGCGAUUGAAAGCGAAGACGGACGGAUAAGCAUGAAGAAGAGACAGAACGAAAAACAUAGGCGAGUGUACGAGCGUAAUGCAUGUGUGCGAAUGAAUGAGACCCUCGUUAUGCUCGUGCAUGGCACAUACUUUUAGGAUAAUUUAAAUGUAAUUGUAAUUUAAAUAAAAAGACAUUCGCGCAGGGA